ACUGACAUAAACAGAAUGGCUGCCGGCGGGUGCAUUUAUGUGAUUUCUGCGCGGAUUUGUGUGUGCACUUUUUUUAGGUUCUUAAUUUCGUGCCAAACAUAGCUCAACGCUCUUGCUUCGUCAUGAUGCUGCCUGAAAAUUCUGGCAUCCCAAUAGUCCCGGCUAGUUCUUGCCAACUGCUAGUCCCUGGCCUUUCCCCUGCUGGCGGCAAUGGACCGGGAGACCCUAAUAAGCGCCUUACAAGUGGAACUGCAGAUGACAAGGCACUUCUUGAGUAUGCCGCCCACAUUGAACAGCUCUGCCCCGGCAUGUUGACAUCCGGAACUAUCUACACUCAGCUUCGCGAUAAGAAAGGCAGUUGGAGCUCAAGAGUAAUGGGCCGGUACCUCCUGUGCACCGACGACGGGACCAAUCCCUGCCAUCUCCUCCAAGACCUCUCGAUCUGGAACGAAUUCCUCCGGGUACUGGACGUGGAGCUCAAAGAAGUGGCACCUGGAAGGCUCGGUGUUGUGACCCUACUGGGCAUUUACCCGUGGGCAGACUGGAUUGACUCUGACCGUCAGCACCCUUACAUCUUGCUUCAUUGGCUUCUCAAGGAGCAUCGCUGCAUCAAGACGCUCGAGUUCAAGCAGGCAGUCAUUCCAGGGGAGCCCCAGCUUCUUUGUGAUGCUUUGUGCGCGAGCUCUCAACUGACACGCUUCAAGCUGAGUGAUUUUGGCUAUCUCGGGGUUACCUCAACGCAGGUGGUCACUGCACUCUCGGCCUUGACCGACCUUGUAGAGCUCGAGCUGACGCAUGUGCACGUCUCACAUGAUGUAUUGACACAACUCAUGAAGACCCUCGAAGGGAUGAGGUCCUUGAAGUCCCUCGCCUUUUAUUUCAAUGUCAUGACUCCCGAUGAUUCCCAGUACUUUCUAGAAGAAUUGAGCAAGAAUCGGGCUAUCACGGCUCUGCGCAUUGACGCAUGCUGUUUUGUACCCGGGGAAGGCAAAGUGUUUGAGGAGUAUCUUGCAAAGAAUGCAGUAUUGGAAGAUCUAACCGUUGAACAUGUGAAUGAAACUUACAAUUAUCACACGACGUUCAACUUGGAGCCUCUGUCCAGGGCUUUAGAGAAAAACAAAACUCUUAAGAAAUUGGGUCUUAUGAGUUUUGACCCACAACAUGGAAGGCAUAAGCUCUUUUUUGAUGCUUUGGCCAAGAACAGCACACUGCAGCACCUGGAAGUGGACAGUCUUCCUCAUUGGGGCUUCAGAGUGGAGAUGUUUGUUGACCUGAUUGAGAAGAACACUGGUCUCUUGAAACUGUAUGUUCUGAGUUCCAGUGGCUGUUCUGUCGCUUCGUUAGCGGCUGCUAUCAGUCGAAAUGCGACAUUGCAAAAGCUUGCCAUACAUUUGUCUGACCUCACCCAUGAAAAUGCAACGCUGCUCCUGGAGGCAUUGGCAAGCAACAAGAGCCUCGAGUGGGUUUAUAUUGGUCAUGUCUAUGGACCAGUGAUUCCAGAAUUCUGCAGGAUCUUGCAAGAGACAGGGACUGAAGCAAGGGUAAAAUUUUGUGCAUCUAUUGACGAGCCUGGUCGCCUAGCAAGGACGCUGAAGGACUGCCCAAGGCUGUCGGAGGUCAGUUAUGACCUAAGUGGCUCCUUUAAACUAAGCGUAAAAGAAGAAGAAGGAUUUCGCCGGUUCAUCUCUUGCCAGCAACUCGUUGAGCUAUCUAUCUGCUUGGACCACCAUAAGAUUAGCAGCAAGUCUGCUUGGUUCUUGGCUAGCUUUCUAAGCUCAACAAAGAAUCUGAAAGUGAUCAACCUCAGUAUCUGUACUUCUGCACAGACCACACACAUCCUUCUGGACGGCCUCUCUCGCAACCGAAGCAUCUCUGAGAUGUCGCUCGAGUAUUUUUCUUUCUGGCAGAACCACGUUCGCCUGUUUAAGAAUAUGUUAGAAGGUAACCUAGUACUAAGGGACUUGAGCCUGACAUCAUCGGAGGACGACGCGUCACUGUCUGUGCUCAGGGAGCUGCCACAGUGUCUUGUCAAAAACUACUCCCUUCUCAAAGUGAGCAUGAACAAAUGCCUUAGGUUUGAGAGAUGCAUGUUUCAAGUCCAGGACACCAUGCGGAGGAACUUGUCAUUUUUGAAUCGUGCUGCAGAGUUUGUCAUGGGGCUGCACAGCAAGCAUUCUGCUCACGCAUUUGAACAUCUUUGUCAGAGUGAGGCCCUGCUUACAAAGGUGCAAGAACUUGCCUGUGGAACAGAGCUUGAUGCCAGGCACAAAAUCAAGGAAAGUGCAGCUUACCUCGAUAUCAACUUUCUGACCAUAGUAGGUGUUGUUAAGGAGGGUGUGGCCUGUGACAGGGACAGUGUACACUGUGCACAAGUGCAGUUUGACCAACUAGGAGUCGACAACUGGCUAAAGAUCCGCUCAUAUUUGAGGGUCUCUGAUAUCCAUGACCGUGAAGCCGCAGAGAGCUUACCUGAUUCACCUCCACUGAAGCAGAAGCGAAAGUCAUAAUGGUGCUUGUUCUUGACCAAACACAUACCUGUGUCGGUUUGUCUUCUUGCUCACACGUAUCAUUUGACUUUUUUAUUCAUGCAUUAGCUGUCAGCUUAGACAAGAAUAGACAUCCUUCAUUGAACUUGUCACAAAAUGUUUCAAUAAACUCAUUGUCAUUUG